AUGGCAACACUCUUCACCCCCUCCGCGCCCCGGCUCCUCAGACAUAUCCGGCGGGGUGCCAGGACAUUGACAACAGCCGCCGAAGCAGCAGAACAGAUGCUACACACCUUCGAGGGCCAGACGAGGAUCCAGCGGCAAGUCCUGGACGGUCACCAGCUGCAAAAGCUCAGCCUGACUCUGAAUCGGCGGGAGCUGCACCCAGGGCUAGACGUCACACAGCAAGCCCCUCCGCGCGGCACGCCUCUGCCGCCGGGCUACCACCUCGUGUACUUCUCGCCGGCGAGCGUGGAGGCGGAGCUCGGGCCCGACGGGACGGACAAGACGUUCAACGCGCCCGGGCCGUUCUCGCGCCGCAUGUGGGCCGGCGGAAGCAUGACCUGGACGGCAGGCACGCCGCUGCGGGUGGGCGACGAGGCUGAGGAGCGGACGCGGCUUGUGGGCGCGGCGGCCAAGAAGAGUCGCGACGGCUCCGAGAUGGUCAUUGUCGAUGUUGAGAAGGAGUUCUGGGGCCCGGCCGGGCUGGCGCUCGUGGACCGCAGGGCGUGGGUGUUCCGGCCGCCGCCAAGGGAGGCCCUGGCACGGUCGGAUGCGCAGGUGGCGGGUGUGGUGCCUGGUGCUGUCGGGAGGCACUCAACAGUAGAGGAUAUACGUGUAGAUGGCUCUGGUGUGCCCCAGCGCAAAUUCCAGUGGUCACCGGUGGCUUUAUUCCGGUUCUCAGCGCUGACAUUCAACGGGCACAUGAUCCACUACAACGAGGGAUGGACGAGAAAUGUCGAGGGACAUCCUGCUACUGUAGUCCAUGGCCCGUUGAACCUCAUCGGCAUGAUGGAUUACUGGCGAGAUGUCCAUGGCGCCGACAAGGAGGCGGGCGACAUCAGUUACCGCGCACUUUCACCCCUCUAUGCAGGAGAUGAAUACGUAGUUCGUACAGAUUCAGUGAAGGAUGUUGAGAAUGGGAAAACUUGGGAUAUAAUCGUUGCGAAAAAUGGCACAAUUAACAUGAAGGGCACGGUCUCAGCAGCGUCCUGA